AUGAAGUUCCGACAGACCCGAGUGUGUCAUAACUGCCGGAGGCAUAAACUUGGUUGUGACGGCAAACGUCCGGGUUGCACUCAAUGCGUCCACACCGGACGCCAAUGCGAAGGAUACCCGGGUCUUCUCUUUGUACAAUCCUCUCUGACUCCUCAAAGUCAGCCUUCUUCAAAACCUCGGCAAAAAGCCCGGGCAAGAGUUAGGCGGGAGCCACAAUAUCACAAGCCAGCUAUUAUCCAGGGUACAUCGCCCAUAGUACCGCAGUACUCAGGCUCGAUCAACGUACAGCCUCCUUCAUGCCCCGCGUUAUACGAUGUCCAUUUUCGACCUAAAACUUGCGACGAGCUCUAUCCAUUACGCCUGCCCUUGCCUGACACACUACAAGACACUAUAUCACUGGUUGUUCGAAGCUAUGUCCCCAUGAUUGAACUGCCCUCCGGCCUUCGAUCAAUUGUUUCCCAGUCGACGCUGGUUUGCGGUGCUUGGGUCGAAGCCCUUCCAGAUUUAACUCGUGGAAGUGGAAGCCUUAUUGACGAGUGUCUAGAGCAUGCCAUAAGAUCCUUGGCACUAUCCAUAACCGCCAAUAGAACGAGCAAACCCCUUCUCACACCACUAUCUCAGCACUACGGCAAAACCCUCAGCUUGCUUCGUCGAGCUCUGAAUUUGCCAAGUGAUUCCCAUCAGAAUGAAAAAAUAGCGGCGAUGAUGUGUCUCGCAUUGUCUGAGGCUCUGUUCCCGGUGGCCCCAAACAGCUGGUUCAUACAUCUACGUGCCAUCAGCGAGGUCAUGCAAUCAUGCAAACCUGAGACCUUUAGUACUGGUAUAUCACACAAACUGUUCACCGGCAUCAGGCCACUACUUAUCUUGGAGGCCAUGGCGGCUCAGAAAGCUACCUUUCUCGCUUUAGACGAAUGGAAAGCGAUACCGUUUCAACACAACGGACCUUCCUCGAUGCAAGGUUUCCUCAGCCAGGCAGCCAUUAUUCCGGAAAUACUGCAAAAGGCAGAUAUUUUAAACACUGAAACACUUGAAAAUGACGGCAUAAAAAGACUUAACGAGCUAUCAGACAUAGUUACACAGCUUGACGCUUCAGCCAUCACAUUUGAGAUUGAGCCAAACGCUCCUGCGUAUUGGCCUACCUCACAAACAUGCGAUGCUGUUGGAAAUGGCUACCCACACCUUUGUUUUUCGGAUCUGAACGCUGCCAACGCCUUCACCCAUCUAUGGGCCUUCGAGAUAGUCUGCCUUUCCAAGAUCAAUGAUUUGCAAACUGCAUUUCCAUGCUUGGGCGACAUGGGAGACUCCUUCUACGGUGAUGAUAACUUGAGAAAACCAAAUAUGCGUCGCCGACGGUGUAUAGAUCUUGCCAUCAACAUAUGCCAAAGCAUGAAGUAUAUGACGAGAGAGGAAUGGAUGAUGUAUGGGCCCUCGUGUGCGGCUUUUCCAGUCCGUAUGGCCUUCAGCGUGCUUGAAAUGGAUGAUCAGGGAAGAGAGAUUUUAUACAACUUGAGUCAAUCGGCUUUGAAAGACAUAGAUAACCGUUUUCUUCCUUUAAUCGGCACUCGAGUCAAAUAG